CCUUCUUAACUCCACAGCUUCUCCUUUUCUCUCUUUCUCAUCAAACAAGCGAGAAGUCCAAAUCUUGAUCUUCUUGCUUGUUUAAUCCUCCUCACAAAUCUUCAUAUUUGUGGGUAGGGAAAAUUGUUUCGAAAUGGAAGUGAAAAUGGACAAGAUAUGUAAUGUGGUGCAUGGCUUCAAGCCUACUAUACUUAUGCUCAUUGUUCAGACUGCUUUUGCUGGAGUCAAUGUGUUGUAUAAGUUGGCUUCCAAUGAUGGCAUGAAUCUCAGAAUACUCGUGGCUUAUCGCUUCAUUUUUGCCGCGGCUUUCAUCGUUCCGGUUGCACUUUUUGUCGAGAGGAAAAAGAGACCGAAAAUGACAUGGAUGGUGAUUCUGCAAGGGUUUUUUUGUGGGCUGUUAGGUGGAUCGCUGGCGCAAAACUUGUAUGUGCAGUGCUUGGUCUUAACAUCAGCGACGUUUGCUUCUGCAACUACUAAUCUGAUUCCUGCCAUUACGUUCGUCCUUGCUAUCUGCUUCAGGCUGGAGAAGUUAAAUUGGGAUAAAGCAUCUGGAAAAGCAAAGGUGAUUGGAACAUUAAUGGGUAUAUCCGGGGCAAUGGUUCUCACGUUUUACAAAGGCCCGGAUAUCAAUUUCUGGAAUACUCAUAUUAACCUUCUGGAUCAUACACAUGAACACGGUGGACAUGUGCCAGGAACCCACCCAAAUAGAAUUUUGGGGGCUUGUUUUGCUCUAGGUAGUUGUAUAUGCUAUGCCCUUUGGUUGAUUCUUCAGGCAAAGAUGGUGGAGCGUUACCCUUGUCCUUACUCCAGCACCGCCCUGAUGGCUACAAUGGGAGCAAUUCAAGGCACAAUAUUUGCCCUAUGCAUGGAAAGGGACUGGAGUCUGUGGAAGUUGGGAUGGAACAUCAGACUCCUCACUGUUGCUUACGCGGGAGUGUUGGCUUCCGGAGUGAUGUUUACAUUGGUUGCCUGGUGUAUAAGAAUGCGAGGUCCUUUGUUCGUGUCGGUUUUCAACCCUCUGAUGCUUGUGCUUGUGGCUAUAGCUGGAUCAUUGGUACUCAAUGAGCAUUUACAUUUGGGAAGUGUGAUCGGAGCAAUAACAAUAGUUUGUGGAUUAUAUGCUGUGCUUUGGGGAAAAGGGAAGGAAAUGAAGAGGAUUGCACAGUUAAUGCCAGAAGUAAGCUCAGGAGAUUCAUCGAAACCUAUUGAAAUUGUUAUAACUUCAUCACCAGGAGCAUCAGAAACCCGCAAGGAUGCUGUCUGUGCCAGCAAUAACACGAGUGAGGCUAAUGCAACCCGUUCUCCAACAAACAAUAACAUAAAUGAGGUUACUGCAAACAAUUCUCCUGCUACUUUGGCAAAUACUUGCAGAGAAUCGGAUGAAAUUGGGAUAGUAAAGGAAUAAGAUAUGAGUAAACAUAAAGACAAGGAUUUUGCAACAUGUCAAGAGUUCUUUUAGAAAGCGAGUUUUCUUAAUCUCAAGGCUCGGAGCACCUACUAUAGAGCUAGCUAGUAUGAUCAAUCCCCUUCGUAUGUUCGUUUGGAGAGAAGCUAUCUGGUUUCUGCUGGAGGCUGAGUGGUGAUAGAGCCACUCUCUAUCUCUAUCCGAGAAGAAGAAAGGAUUGACAGUAGUACGAUAGUUUGUGCCACAACCCAUUUGCUCAAUGCGUUUGGGCAGUUUUGGUAGUGAUGGCGAGUGGCACUCUAGGAUGUUUUCUUUAAUCUACGGCACAAUAGACUUAUGUAAAGUUUCCUGCUAAUAAUAUUUCUCGAGUUUCAAA